AUGGCCAAACCUCAAAUUGCGGUUACUGAGAUGAAGAGUGUCAAGACUCAAGAGCAGAUGCAUCUAUUGCUGCUCACCAUCUACGGUAAUUGGCCGUGGCACAAGAAGAUUGAGCACAACGAAUACAUAUUAGAGAGCAGCGACUUGACUAAAGAGGUUCAAUCGCAGAACUGCGAUGAAAUUAUAAGACCCGAAGAGAUAGUGUACAUGACCAUGUUGAUCAAGCGCAAGGGCGAUAUGAGCGAUACCUCUUGUCGAGAAUGCCGCGAGAUGAACGUGGAAAAGACACGUAGGAACAAGGAGAUGAGGUGUUAA